UGAUAAUCGGUGAAAUGUGAAUACGACUAGGGAGCAGGCUGCCGGCAACCCGGUAAAUCCCCAGGUGGCCGGAUGGCAGCCACGGCUCCUGUGUUUGGGAUUGGAAUAAUGUUCCUGGAGGUCCAUCCAGUUGGAAGGCGGAGACGCUGUCGAAUCACAGGCGCCAAGGGGGGCUGCCUAAGGAACCGACAGUCUUUCCCAUCUGCUCGGCUUCCUUCUCGCUCCUCCUCCUCUUCCUUCUCCUCUUCUCUCUUUCUCUUUCACUCCCUCUUUUUUUCCUUCCUCGGGUUCAUCUCUAGUCUCUCUAUUCUUCUCUCGUCUAGAUCGUCUUCUGUGAUCUGCCUCUUUUGAGCCUUUGUACCUCCGUACCUUUAAUCUCAUUCUUGUUGAAUCUUCGGUGAGUCUCCGCCCUAUCGCAUUUCUUCUCCCUUGCGAUCUGGUGUUUUCUACAUUCCGAGGUACACACCCUCCAGACAGGCGGGACUCGGGGGUGGCUUACGCUUCUGGAAUUGUUACUCGCGCAUUGUC